AUGGGCCCUAUCGCGUCCCUUCCCUCCUCGACCUCCUCGGCGCCGCCAGCUCCGACUGAGUCGUCAGCGAGUUGUACGCCGUCUUGCCCCGAGGACUCGCUCGACUGGACUCGCUCGAUGGUAAGACGCGCGGCCACUACGAGCGGUUGCCGAUCAAAGAAAAUCUCGCUUUUGUGGAGGCGUAUUUCGCGGAGAGAAGCUAGGCGGAGGAGAUGUGGGAGAGGUGCGGGAAGAGAGGGUAUUAGGUUUAGGGAUUCGGCCGACGCCCUCUUCCGUCAACGGUGA